GACAAGAAAAAAGAAAAGGAAAAGCUAGAUAAGACCGAGAAAAAGACAAGCUCUAUCAAAGAGACUCUUCCAACUUCUCUAGGGCAACAUGAACAAAAAGCAACUGUUACCAAGGAGCAGCAGCAGCUUAAUGUAACAGAUACUAACAAAAUUAAACACUGUCCGGAACUUAAAAAGGACUUAGGCACGCAUGAACCACAAGUAAAAGGACCUCUGCCAUCAACAAGCUCAAAGAAGAAAGAGAAGCCUAUACUGGAUAAGAUGAUGAUUGCAAAACCUAGGCUUGAAGCUAAUUUAGGUCUAGAUUCUGAAAAGAAAUCUCUUGAUGAAACUAAUAAAAUAUUGAGUGCAUCUAAAAUAUGUGUUAAGGAAUCCGCUGGGAAGAGCGAAAAAUUCGAUUCAAACGGGGCAAUAAAUAUGAGUUCUAUGCAGGAUAAAUUGGAGCUGGAUAUAAGUAAGAACUCUAGAAAUAAUCAAACACUUCCGCAAGAAGAAAAUGAAAUUCAAACUGAGAGUAAAUUAGAAACUCUUGAUGAAAACUGCUUGAAAACUCUGCUGACUGAAGCAAAUCUACCAACAGUUUCCAAUAAGCAAGAGGAUAUUAGAACAGAAAAUGAAAUAUUAGAUGCUAAAAAUCAAUCCAGACCUAUCAUCGACUUCCUUACCAGCACUCAGAAGCAGGAAGAUUUGACUCCCCAAGCACCAGGAGAUGAAAAAGGAAAAGUUGAACAAGUGGAAAAGAUUUUGAGCAAGGAAGUAGCAAGUGAACAGCAAAUGGAACCAAGUUGUUCUCAUACUGAGCCCACACAGCUGAAAGCCAUGAAGUCUCACCUGAAACGAAAUCUUCUCUUAAAAGAGCAAAAAGAAAAGCAAGAACAAGAUAUUGAUAGUAAGAAACCAAAAUUAUUGGAUGAUGACGAAGCGAAUAAUAUGCCGAAGAUAGAAGAGAAAAGGCAACAUGCGUCGGUUGAAGUGCCUCAGGCUACCAAAGAAAAAGUCAUUAAAGCAAAAAAAGAGAAAAAGAAAAAAGAAAAAACUGAAGAGGAGAAGCUUAAAAAAAAGGCGAAGAAGGAAAAGAAAGCUAAGAUGAAAGAGAAAGAACAAAACUAUUUCUAG